CCCCGGCCCGGCUCCUCCCUCAGGUCCCGAAGCCAAUGCGGGCCGCCAGGGGUCGUUGCACCUCCGCCUGCACUUCCUCCGGUCCUUCCCACCGCACGCAGUUGUUGGCGCCAGACUCAAACGGGGAGGCCCGUCGCUCGCACUAUGGCUGAGCUGCAGUGCUGCAGUUUCUCCAUCCAAGAGCCCAGACCACCUAGUUCCAGCUUCCUGCUCUAGUUUUCCUUCAUUCCCUCACUGCUCCAGUCAGGUCCAAGUCCCUGGAGCCAUGCAGAGUCAAAGAAAAGAGGACUGAGUGGGGAGGAAAAGAGAACCCGGAUGAUGGAGAUAUUUUUUGAGACAAGAGACGUAUUCCAGCUGAAAGACCUAGAGAAGCUUGCUCCCAAAGAGAAAGGCAUCACUGCCAUGUCAGUGAAAGAAGUCCUGCAGAGCUUGGUGGAUGACGGCAUGGUUGACUGUGAGAGGAUUGGGACGUCCAAUUACUAUUGGGCUUUUCCGAGCAAGGCUUUUCAUGCCAGGAAGCGCAAGAUGGAGGCUCUGAACACUCAGCUGUCAGAGGGAAGCCAGAAGCAUGCGGACUUACAGAAGAGCAUUGAGAAAGCUAGAGUUGGCCGGCAAGAGACGGAAGAACGAGCCAUGCUUGCAAAAGAACUUUCUUCAUUUCGAGACCAAAGGAAACAGCUUAAGGCAGAAGUGGAAAAAUACAGAGAAUUUGACCCACAGGUUGUAGAAGAGAUACGUCAAACAAAUAAAGUAGCUAAAGAAGCCGCCAAUCGAUGGACAGAUAACAUAUUUGCGAUAAAAUCCUGGGCCAAAAGAAAAUUUGGGCUUGAAGAAACUAAAAUUGAUAAAAACUUUGGAAUUCCGGAAGACUUUGACUACAUAGACUAAAAUGUUGGUGCUGAACAAGGAUCUGUGAGCUUGUGAAUAUGUCAAGUUUUAAACAUCUAACUAAUGUUUCCUAAUUAUCAUCUAUCUGUUAAUUGUUUUAUCAUUUUGUAGCUUUAAAUAAAGUAUACAAUAAGGA